AUGCAUUUCUGCAGUUUGAAGCUAUACGCUGCCUACAUUAUCCUGGCAGCAAUUGUCCUCCGAUUUUUCACAAACAGAUAUAAACGAGGACUGGCAAAUAUCCCCGGUCCAACUACCGCUAAAUACUCCAGUCUCUGGAAGCUGUAUAGCGUCUGGAAAGGAAACCACCACCAGGCAGCCCUUGACCUACACCGCAAGCACGGCUCGCUGGUUCGCAUUGGCCCAAACCACAUCUCGGUCGGCGAUCCCAGCGCCAUCCCUACAAUUUAUGGCUUCAACACAGGCUUUACGAAGACAGCAUUCUUCCCAAUCCUGUCAAUAUCAUGGAACAAAAGGCCCCAAAUGAACCUCUUCUCCACAAGAGAUGAAACUUACCACCGCCACCAAAAGCGCAUCGUUGCAAAUGCCUACAGCGUCUCCUCGCUUCUAGAACUCGAAUCCUCAAUCGACUCCUGUACAGAGAUCUUCACAUCUCAACUCUCGAAAUUCGCCACAAAAGGCACACCCAUCAACCUAGGCCACUGGCUCCAAUACUACGCCUUCGAUGUCAUCGGCGAAAUAACAUUCGCCAAGAAAUUAGGAUUCCUGGAGCAAGGCCGCGACGUCGAUGGCAUGAUGCAGGCUAUCAAGGGUAUGCUUAUGUAUGCCAGUCUAUGCGGACAGGUCCCGAAAAUGCACAAGUUUCUCCUUGGGAAUCCGCUUUUGACGCUGUUUAUGCCCAGCAUGGAGUCCUGGAACCAGGUACUGCAGUUCACGCUGAAGGCUGUUAACUCUGUUGCUUCGCUGAAAAGAGAUGGGGAUAAGAUUAAUGCGUAUCCAGGGGAGGGUAUGGGCGGGAAAGAUAUGAUGUCCCGUUGGAUGGCAGUGCAUCGUGAUGAUCCCGAGAAAUUAUCGGUGCGGGAUAUUAUCGUGCAUCUUUCUGCGAAUGUUUUCGUUGGUGCAGCUACCACAUCUAUUGCGCUCCGCGCGAUUUUGGAUUUCAUUAUGCGGGACCCGCGGAUUAUGGACAAGGUCCGGGAUGAGAUCGAUGCUGCUGUUUUUUCGGGUAGGGUCGGGAAUCCGAUCUCGUACCGUGAAUCACUAGAUCAUUUACCCUAUAUGACGGCUGUCAUCAAAGAAGCGCUGAGACUCCAUCCUUCUACGGGGUUGAUUAUAGAGCGGGAGGUUCCUCAACCGGGCGCUACGAUUUGUGGAAAGUAUAUCCCCGGCGGGACUAUUGUGGGUAUCAAUGCUUGGGUUGUGAAUCGGAAUCCGCGGGUAUUCCACGAUCCUGAUGUGUUUAUCCCUGAGCGGUGGCUGGAGUGUACGCCUGAGAAACUGAUGGAGAUGGAGCAGACGAUAUUUACCUUUGGGUCUGGGCCGAGGGCAUGUGUGGGGAAGAAUGUCUCUUUUAUCGAGAUCCACAAGAUAGUCCCGCAGCUACUACGGGAAUUUGAGGUUCGCUUGAAUGGUCCUAAAGAAUUGGAGGUGAGGAAUAUUUGGUUUGUGCAGCAGGAGGGUAUGAUAUGUGAUCUUGUGAAGAGGUGA